AAAAUAACAGCUGUUUUUAGAUUAAUUCGCUCGAAGGAAGACCUUAUAAUUGGGCCAUGUACAGAAGAAACUAUUUAUUGAUAGAAUUUGGAAAAACUUUGUGAAAACUUUAGAAAAAUCCUCCAGUUUAGUGUACCUUAGUAUAAUGCUGUACAUAUCAAUGGCUCCCAUUGCUUCCUAGAAAGAGGGAGCCAUAAUAUUCCUAAAGUAUUUUUUAGUGGAAAAACUUGUUGCUUGGUGGUCAGGGCGAUUAUUCUACACAGAUCCUUUUGAUUUGAUUAUUGUGUUGUGCUCUUGAUAAAAAAAUGAAUCUGCAAUCCUUGUUCAGAGACUUUAAUCCCAGCAAAUUUAUUGUACACUGCAGUUUAUUUACAUUCGUGACGUUGUUUGCAUUACGAUUGGAUGGUUACAUCGAUUGGCCUUGGUAUUUCAUUUUUACACCAUUAUGGAUAUGGAAGGCUAUAGCAGCUUUGGGUGCUACAAUCGGUGCAAUAGUAUGGUGUCGUUAUCCUCACUACAGACUUGAAGGUGAUUCCUAUACACAAUUUAAGGCCAUGUUAAUCUCCCUAUCCUUGCAUCUUAUUCUGCUCAUGUUUGAAUUGCUGGCCUGCGACAAUUUAACAUCGAAACGCCACCUCUGGGUAUUGGUAUUUAUUCCUUUGGUUUUCGGUUCUGUGGCUAGUGUGGGUGCAUGUGUUUGGGCUGUAAAACAUGAUCGUUCAUUCGAACUGGAAUUGUUUUUGGCCGUUAAUGCUCUGCAAUUUGUCUCCCUGCCAUUGAAAUUGGAUCAAUUUGUAACAUGGAAUUGGGAAGUGGUGUUUGUUCCAAUGUGGAUUGUGAUUUGUUUGAGCUUAGUUAGUGUACUUUACAACAUUAUAUUUUGUGGUAUUAUGAUGAGAACGCCGGAAAUUUCCUUGCAACAGAAAAAGGCAGCCCUAAAUGCUGCUGUGGGCAAUGUUUGUACAGUAUUGCCGCUUUUGUUUUUCCAGGUGGUAAUCUGUGACAAACUUGAGGGUGAACUGAAAUUCCCAUACAUUGUCAUUUUCUCGCCGCUUUUAGCCUCUAUAUUUGCCUUAAUCGUUCUCAGUUUUAGCGCCAAGGGCGGCAAUAAAUGGUGGUUUGGCAUACGCAAAUCCUUCAGUCAAUUCCUACUGUCAGCUAUGCCUUUCCUGCAAGAAUAUGGUAAUAUUUCCUAUCAUGCCGAAAACAGUAAUGCUCAACAAUCACAGCCAUUGGAUGGCAGCUCGUCCUCAUCGAGUACUGCACACUUGGGUGAUUUUGACAAACACAUGAAAAAGAGUAAAAAAUCGGCGAAAAAUGACAGUAUGAAACCAGUAGUACCCAUUAUUAGUAUUGAUUUACCCGAUUAAAGGAAUACAAUCGCACAUUUUUAUGAUUGUAUAAGAUGUUGUCUUAAGGUAUUUUUUUUAGAUAAGACCAUUCGUACUAAAACCAACUGCAUUACAAUACUUUUUUUAAUUUUUUAAAAGCAAUUUCAUCUUUCAUUCAUCCAUUAGGUUUUAACAAAAACAAUAAAAAAAGAAACUUGUUCGGCACGGUUAAGGUUUGUGUUUAGAAUAACAGUUACUUGGAAACAGUAUUUGUAUUGAACAAUUUUAUCCAUUUUUAUUUUCCGUUAUAGAAAAAUUAUCGAAUCUCUCUCUAUUGUUUUUGUAAAGAAUUUCCGUUUUGGAAAACCAAACCAAUGUUUUUUAACAAACUAUUUGUAAAUCUGCAUUUGUAGCAUAAAACAUACUAAUGAUAUGGCAUCAUACAUACAUACUUAUAUAGUUAAGGAUUUGUGUAGUAGAAAAUAGUAAAUUAAAAAUCAAAAAAAAAAAAAAAAAUAACAUUUGUGUUCCUUAUGUGAAAAAUGGAAAACGUUCGCUAACCGAAACUCGAAUCAAUACUACAAUAGAUGCAUAUAGUAGUUUGUUCAUCAUCAUAAAAAAGUCCAUCUUCAUCAGCCAUCCCCACAGAACCAAUAGUUACCUAUUCAAUUAAUAUUCUCUUGAUAUCUUAUGUAAGGUGAAAUACACCAAUACAGUUCUUUUUUUUAUUGAGAUAAAAUCAA